CAUCAGCAGAACUAGCGCAAAAAUAUCCUUCUAGAGAUCCUUACGGAGCCCCAGUGGCGAAAACUAUCUAGUUCUACCUGUGAUGUGAUUAUUCAUAGACUUGUGGGACAAAAGAAGAAGAAAUGCAGAGCACAUACGCAUACAGGGCUCCUGCAGUUUCUACUCCACAUCUGAACCUCUCUAAUUCAAAGCCCAGGCUAUCCACUGCUUCACCAAAUCAACCUCAAACCCAAGCCCAAAAGAUCUCUCAAUAUCGUUAUUACAAUAGUGAUGGGGAUAUCGAUAAUUCCGCAGAGGUGAAGUUUACAUUACCAGCCCAUGUAAAAUCCAUAACAAGUACUUCAAAUCCGUUUGUGAAGCACUGCGUCAAGCUCCGUCACAGCUCCUCUUAUCGCCACUUCCAUGGUUCAGCUCUUGUUGUAGGUACUACCCCUAUCAGGGAGAUAUACGAAUUUCAGAAGUCAUCAGAAGAGAGGACUGUUGAAAUGGAGUGUCUAAUUCUUCUUGAUAAGGCUAAGAUCCCUGAAGGAUUCAACAACUCUACUCGCACUUUGCGUGUGAGCGCUUUGGUGAUGAAAAAACUUUCACAGUUGCAAUCUACUGAAUCUAUUGAAGCAAUUGCCCUGAUGCGAUUUCCUACGAGCUACUUUGUUGUAGCUAAUCAUCAAAAAGAUACAGAUUGUCGGAAAUGGUUCCCAGCUCCACAUCGAAUUCUAGUCCUCGAGGGGAUCCAGGUAACCUGGGAACAUUGGUCAGAUCAGCUGUGGCAUUUAGAUGGAUAUGAACAGGGUGGUAUUUUCCUACUUCCCGGCUGUUGUGAUCCAUUCAAUGACAAAGCACUCAAAGCUAGUCGAGGAGCCUCCUUUCAGGUCCCUAUAGUUGCAGGCAGUUGGCAACACCUUGAAGCUCUCAAACAUGAAUUCCAAAUGAAAUUGCUUGCUGGCCACCCAGCAAGUAAUGAUGAACUGAAACCAGUGUCGCAGUUAUCUCAAGGGCUUGCAGAUUCUUUAGCUGAUGUUCCAUUAUGCUUGGUUUUGGGCAGUGAAGGGCAUGGCCUUUCAGAGCAGUCUCUACAAGAAUGCGAGCUUGUGAGCAUACCCAUGGCAAGAAACUAUGAGUCUCUUAAUGUAGCUGUUGCGGGUGGCAUUUUCUUGUACAUGCUGCAGCCUUAAAACCAAAGAAUUCUUUAAUGCUUUCUAUUUGUCUUCAAAAAAGCUUGGUUAGAUAGCUAGAGAAGUAGAGAGUAGCUGACAUGACCUUUUACUUGCAGAGCAGGUUUCAAAGACUGGUGUGGUUGAAUUUUGCAGGCUAAAUUGCUUGCCUUUCGUGAAAAGUUAGAAAUACCAAUGAAAAACUUCGAUAAUUUACUAUUCAUGUGUAUAAAUUGAAAAUAUGGAUCUCCCUUAAUUAAAAAAAAAAAAGUUCAUGUCUA